CAGCAAAUGCAUUCCCUAACUAAAUAUAACUCAUGCACUGGGAGCAGCCGGCUCUCACUGUCUCCAGGAACUGUGUGCCUAUGUAGCAAGAUUUAGACUGGGAUAUUUUUCAGCUUCUUAUCUGAACCUACAUUCUAUCCAGAAUAUUUGUGGCCAGGACUUUUGGGGUGCAAUAAACAUGUCUCAACCAAUCCAACGGAGGAGCAGAAACCGGGACAAAAACAAUGUUCUGGCUAGGCCUGAAUUUAUGUCGCUUAACCAGCCAAUGGCUGCACCACAGGAGGGUAGAAACUCCAAUAGGAGGCAAAGUGCACAAAAUGGCAACUCUUUUGAGGGUGCCCGGGAGCGCAGGCAGAGCCAGCAGCUUCCCGAGGAAGACUGUAUGCAACUUAACCCCUCUUUUAAAGGCAUUGCAUGGAACUCUCUCUUAGCUAUCGACCUCUGUAUGUCCAAACGUCUUGGUGUAUGUGCCCACAGCGCCUCUUCCUGGGGCAGUUGUCGUUCAAUGGUGCAGCUGAUUGGGAUAACCAGCCAUGGCUUGUCCUGGAUCGGUGGGACGCUGUUUUGCUUGUGGAAGAGCAACACAAAUGCAGGACAGGAAGUAUUGAUGAAUCUGCUGUUGGCUCUGAUGCUGGACAUCCUGACAGUGGCUGGGGUACAGAAGCUUAUAAAGAGACGUGGUCCUUAUGAAUUGACCCCUGGGAUCCUGGACUACCUUCUCCUGGAUGUCUAUGCGUUUCCAGCAGGACAUGCUAGUAGAGCCAUCAUGGUGUCAAAGUUCUUCCUCAACCAUCUAGUCCUUGCCAUACCUCUUCGUAUCUUACUGGUCUUAUGGGCCUUUUGUGCUGGACUUUCCCGUAUCAUGAUUGGACGGCAUCAUAUUUCUGACGUCCUUGGAGGAUUUUUGAUUGGUUAUUUGCAGUUUAACUUUGUGGAAAUCAUCUGGCUUUCCUCUAACACUUGCCAGAUGUUAUCCUCCUUUUGGUGAAACUUUAUAUAAGGCAACAAUAUGACCCAAUGCAGACAUAAAAUAUUUUGCUUUUUUGGACAUUAGCUGGACCUGUAAAUUUGUACAACUGUUUGUGUUUACUGGAAAUCUCUGGUGAAAAUAUAAAGAACUGAAUUUUAUAGUA